AUGGUUGUUCAUCACGACCAGUUAAAAUGCAGUUAUAUCCCUUUUGAAGAGGGCGAACUGGUUUGCCCUAGUAGGGAAGUAGGUGAGUUCCAGGUGGUUGAUGUUACAGUAUCGACAGUAUUCCUCAUGUUCGACCUGCCAGACUAAGACAACAUAAUAAUCCACCAUUGAGAUAUGGAUUUGACUAGAAAUAUGUCCUCGGGAUGAGAACAUGAAGGAGGAGGAUAGUGUAAUGGAUAUCUGAUAAUGGAUAUCAUAAGGUGUAAAUAAGAUUAGUAAGUCAUAAUUAACUGCGGAUGCUCCACUAGCACGCUGCAUCUGUGAUAUAGUAAAAAUAGCUCUCUAAAUAAUUAAAGGAAGGUAACACCCUAGAAAUAGAGAAUAUAAAUAUGCAAUCGGAAAAUGAAUAAAGUUAAAUUGGAUCUAGACCAUGUUGUGUGUUGUGUUAGCUCAGCUUGUUACAUUUGGACGAAAAUGUUGCUCGUGUGAUGCCUCUAAAUCCAAACAAGAACAGGCUCAAUACUAUCUGUAUUUCACUUGCGUACCACAACGAGCGCAUUUCCCAAGUGCAUCCACAAAUAUCUCUUCAUCUGUGUCCACAAGCUCGGACGUUACUGGUCACAAAAACUCCAGUUGCAGUACCAGUGCUCCGUCCACAUCUGAAAACAACACUAACACCGAUCCAAAUAAUGGCGCCAAAAUGUCAAACAAGUGGAGCGAGGUGCAGACCAGCAUACUUGUCAACGAGUGGAAAGAAAGAAUCGAUCUGCGGAACGACAACCAAAGCGAAAGAUUAAAAAGACAAAGGAGGAGCAGAAAAAGAAAGCGAAGAAAGGCAGAGUAACUACUGCAAGUGCGAUGAUCGAUUUGACGGAGAAGCUGGCGGGAAUGCAGAACUCCCAGAUGGAAAUGAUGGAGAAGGCACAGAAACAUGCAGAAGAUUUACUGGUCAAGCUUGAAGCAGAUCAGCGAAAGCUUAACGAAGAAGGGCACAGAAGAGAUCAGGAGUUUUCUUGA